GUCGUUGAAUACUGUUUAAUAAAUAAUUAAAUUAAAUAGAAAAAAUUAAAAAGCGAAAAAAAAAAAUAAAAAUAAAUGCUUGAAAGUUUUAAUUAAAAAAUAAAAAAAAAAAAUCUAGUUUAUCAAUAUUAUUGUUCUAACUAAUUGUUUUUUAGACCUUUAAAAAGAAAAUGGUAUCUGUGAUAGAAAUUUUGAUAUUAAUAGUAACGCUUUUAUUUAUUGGGUAUAAAUUUGUAACAAGACGACAUGAUUAUUUCGAAAAGAAAAAUAUUCCACAUAUAAGACCAUUUUUUUGGUUUAAUAAUUUUCCGGGAACAAUUUUUGGCGGUGAAUCGAUUUUCGAUGCCCUACGUCGAAUUCAUAUGAAAUACAAAGAUGAAAAAAUCUAUGGGCUUUUCGAUCUACUGGGUCCGUCGAUUGUUUUAAGAGAUCCUGAAAUGAUUAAGCAAAUCACAAUUAAGGAUUCAGAUCAUUUUGUUAAUCAUAGAAAGUUUUUAACUGAACAGGAUGACCCAAUGUUUGGCAAUAGUAUAUUUCAAAUGCGUGAUGAAAAAUGGAAAGAUAUGAGAAUGACAUUGACACCGGCUUUCACUGGCAAUAAGAUGCGAAUUAUGUUCGAUUUAAUUCGUGAAUGUUGUGAAGAAGCAGUAAGAUAUUUAAAAGAAGAAUUGAAAAAUAAGCCAAAUGGUAUGGAUUUGGAUUUAAAAGAUUUUUUCACACGAUUUACAAAUGAUGUGAUCGCUACAAGUGCCUUUGGUAUUAAAGUUAAUUCUUUAGUAGAUCGUGAUAAUGAAUUUUAUAGAAUGGGGAAAAAAGUGAAUACUUUUGAUUCUUGGGUUUCAUUAAAAUUUUUCUUGCUAGUAAAUUUCAACAUUUUAACACGGGUAAUUGGUAUGAAAUUGUUCGAUAAGAAACACAUAAAUUAUUUCAAAGAUUUAGUUUUGGGAGCAAUGAAAUAUCGUGAAGAACACAAUAUUGUUCGACCUGAUAUGAUAAAUAUUUUGAUGGAAGCUCGAAAAGCAGCUGAUAGAAAACGUGAUUGGAAUGAUUAUGAAAUUGUUGCACAAUGUUUUGGAUUUUUUAUGGCUGGCUUUGAAACAACUGGUACAACAAUGUGCCUUGCCGCCAUGGAACUAAUGAUAAACCAAGAUAUUCAAGAGAGAUUAAUAUCUGAGAUUGAUGAAGUUCGUGAAAAUUUAGAUGGAAAACCGUUAACUUAUGAAGUUUUAUUAGGUAUGAAAUAUUUAGAUAUGGUUGUAUCAGAAACAUUUAGAAAAUGGCCAGGUGCACCAUUUAUCGAUCGUCAGUGUAAUAAAGAGUACAUGUUAAAAGUUGAUGAUGGGUAUGAAGUUCCAAUACAUGUUGGAGACGCUUUUACUUUAAAUGUUUAUGGUUUACAUUUCGAUCCAGAAAAUUUCCCUGACCCUGAUAAAUUCGAUCCUGAAAGAUUUAGUGAAGAAAAUAAGAAAAAUAUUAAGCCAUAUACCUAUGUACCAUUUGGAUCAGGGCCAAGGAAUUGUAUUGGAAAUCGUUUUGCUCUUAUGGAAACAAAAGCUAUCUUGUUCUAUUUACUUUCGCAAUUUAAAUUUGAAGUAUCAGAAAAAGCAAUACUUCCCAUUCAAUUGGAAGAGCGUGAGUUCCAGUACAAACCAAAAGGAGGAUUUUGGUUAAAAAUUUGUUCCAGAAAACACCGAUAUCCGCCCGUCAAAGAAAUAUCUCGUUCUUUGCGCAAGUUAUUAAGUGACUAUUAUGCAGAAAUUGGCUUGGUUGAAGAAGAAGGUGAUUAUUCAACACCAGUUGUACGAAAUUACGGAUUAGACCAGCAGAAAACUUCAAGUAAUCGUUUAGGUGAUGCUACAUCAUCAAUUGGUUCAGACAUGAGAAAUAUACCAUAUGAGAAACCAUUCCUUUGCUUUGGUAAUUUUAAAUCACUUUUAUUUAAAACUGAAGCAAUGUUUUAUACAAUAAGAAGAUUACAUGAAAAAUUCAAGGAUGAAAAAGUUUAUGGUAUUUUCGAAGUUCGUAAUCCAAUAAUAUCAAUUCGUGAUCCAGAUCUAAUUAAACAGAUUACAGUAAAAGAUUUUGAUCAUUUUGUUAAUCAUCGUCAAAUAUUAUCAGAACAUGAUGAUCCAUUAUUUGGGAAUAGUUUAUUUAAUAUGCUUGAUUCAAAAUGGAAAGAUAUGAGAUCAACAUUAACGCCAGCAUUUACUGGUAAUAAAAUGCGUGUUAUGUUUGAAUUUGUUAAAGAAUGCUAUUUCUUUACACGUUUUACAAAUGAUGUUAUUGCAACAAGUGCAUUUGGUAUUAAAGUGAAUUCAUUAAAUGAUAAAGAAAAUGAAUUUUAUCGGAUGGGUAGAAAAAUUACAAAUUUUACUGGUUGGGUUAUGUUAAAAUUCUUUUUAUUUAGUAAUUUUAAAGCUGCAAUGAGGUUCUUAAGAAUGAAACUUUUUGAUCCAGAACAAUCUGAAUAUUUUAGAAGAUUAGUAAUUGAUGCAAUGAAAUAUCGUGAAGUAAAUGGUAUUAUUAGACCAGAUAUGAUAAAUAUGUUAAUGGAAGCACGUAAAAAUCCAGAAAAAUCACAUAAUCGUGAAUGGAAUGAUGAUGAAAUUGUUGCACAAUGUUUUAUAUUCUUUUUGGCUGGUUUUGAAACAUCAUCGAAUGCUAUGUGUUUUGCAGCACAUGAAUUAAUGGAAAAUCGUGAUAUACAAGAAAAAUUAAUUGAAGAAAUUGAUGAUGUUCGAGAACAAUUAAAUGGUGAAUCAAUUUCAUAUGAAACAUUAAAUAAAAUGAAAUAUUUAGAUAUGGUUGUAUCAGAAACAUUAAGAAAAUGGCCUGGUGCAUUGGCAACUGAUCGUGUCUGUGUUAAACCAUAUGUAUUAAAAUAUGAUGAUCGUAAAUUAGAAUUAGAUAUUAAUGAUGUUUGUUGGGUAAAUAUAUCAGGAUUACAUUAUGAUCCAGAAAAUUUCCCUGAUCCAGAAAAAUUUGAUCCAGAAAGAUUUAGUGAUGAAAAUAAAUCAAAUAUUAAACCGUAUACUUAUUUACCAUUUGGUGUUGGUCCAAGAAAUUGUAUUGGUAAUCGGUUUGCUCUUAUGGAAUGUAAAGCUGCUCUAUAUUAUUUAUUAUCAGAAUUUACUUUUGAUGUUGGUAAAAAGACAAGUAUACCAUUGAUAUUGGAUGAAGUUGGUUUUCAAUUAAAACCUAAAAAAGAAUUUGAUAGAGCAUACUACAUAAGUUGCAAUUUUAAAUAUCAGAAGAAAAUUAUUGGAAAAUCAAAAAUGUGGUUAGAAAUUAGUAUUGGUAUAACAGUUAUUAUCUUCCUUAUUUAUAAACGAGUAACAUCAAAAUUUGAUCAUUUUGAGAAAAUUGGAAUUCCUUAUGUAAAACCAAUGCCUGUAUUCGGUAGCUUUCCUGGAUUCGUAUUUAAAAGAGAAUCUCUACGAGAAGAAUUUCUUCGCAAAUAUUUAGAAUUGAAAGAUCAAAAAGUUUAUGGUAUGUUUGCUGGUGGCGAUCCAAUAUUGGUCAUUAAUGAUUUAGAAAUUUUGAAAAAAAUCACUAUUAAAGAUUUUGAAUAUUUCAAGAACCACUUUAGUUUUGUUGAUGCAGAAGACGACCCUCUUUUUGGCAACUCAGUAUUUGCAAUGAAGAAUGAUAAAUGGCAUGAUAUGAGAACAACUUUGAGUCCAGCAUUUACAGGAAGUAAAAUGCGUUUAAUGUUUCAGCUUAUAUUAGAGACUUGUGAGAAAGCAGUUAAAUAUUUAGAAAAAAAUAUUACAAAUAGUUCAAAUUCAAAAGAAGGAGUUGAUUUCCAAAUGAAAGACUUUUUUACUUUAUAUACAAAUGAUGCCAUUGCAUCGACAGCCUUUGGCUUAGAUGUUAAUUCUUUAGAGGAUAAUGAUAACGAAUUUUACAAAAUGGGAAGGAAAUUGAUUACAUUUUCGACGUGGGACAUCAUCAAAUUUGUCCUUUACAGUACUUGUAAAAGAUUUUUUCGGUUGCUAGGUUUUAAACUAUUUAACGCAGCAUUUACUACUUAUUUUAAUCGUUUGGUAAUUGAUGCAAUGAAAUAUCGUAAGGAAAAUAAUAUCGUGCGUCAAGAUAUGAUAAAUAUGCUGAUGGAAGCACAAUCAAAUCCAGAAAAAUCACAUAAUCGUGAAUGGACAAAUUAUGAAUUAGUUGCACAAUGUUUUAUAUUUUUGUUUGCUGGAUUAGAAUCAGUUUCUACAACAUUAUGUUUUGCAACGCAUGAGUUAAUAGAACAUCCUGAUAUUCAAGAAAAAUUACGUCAAGAAGUUGAUUCAGUAAAUGAGGAAUUAAAUGGAAAACCAUUAACUUAUGAAGCAAUAAAAAAAAUGAAAUAUAUGGAUAUGUUUAUGUCAGAAGUUUUAAGAAUAUGGCCACCAUUUGUUCAAGCUGAUCGUCAGUGUACUAAACCAUAUAGAAUUGAAGUAGAUGAUAAAGUAAUAAAUUUAAAUGUUGAUGAUGUUAUUUGGAUCCCAAUGAUUGGUUUACAUUUAAAUGAAGAACAUUUUGCUGAACCAUUAAAAUUUGAUCCUGAAAGAUUCAAUGAUGAAAAUAAACCUAAUAUCAAGCAAUUGUCUUAUGGACCGUUUGGUUAUGGACCUAGAAUAUGCAUUGGAUCAAGACUAGCAUUACUAGAAUGUAAAGCGAUAUUGUUUUAUAUAUUGAAAAAUUUUGAGCUGGUUAGGUCAGAAAAAACUAAAAUGCCAAUCGAAUUAGAGCCUGUUAAUUUUCCAGUUUCAAUAAAAGGUGGAUUUUGGUUAAAAAUGAUACCAAGGAAAUGAAAAAGGAAUUUUUAAUCAAAUUGUGAUACAUUAGGUAUUUAAAAUUUAUAUACCUACCUAUGCCAUAACGUAAAAUAUUUAUGUGUUUGUACAAAUUAACAUGUUCAAUAUUUUGUAAAAUGUGUUCAACUAAUUUUGUUUGUUUCUGAAUAAACUUUCUAUCAUAACGAA